AUGCCCUCCCAAAAGGCGCGAGCUGCCGCCGCUGCUGCUGCCGCCGCCGCACCUGCCGUGCGCUCCAAAGCCCAUCGCGGGCCGUCCUCCCAAGGGCCAAGCUCUGACGGCCGCGCUCGCAUCGCCAUCCACAUCACCAACCACUAUGCCGCCAAGGUGUACACCACCGGCGCCCCCAUCACCGGCGAGGCCGUCAUCCGCGUCCCGCGCGACACGCAUUUUCACCGCAUCGCCAUCCAGUUUGCCGGCAUCGCCGCCACCCGCAACUACAUGACGCCUGAGAUCGACCAGGUCCUGCACCACUUCCUGCUCCUGGACAUGCCCGUCCAAAAAUCACACCCUUCGCUACUACCCGCCGACGGCAUCCUCAGGGCCGGCCAGACAUAUGCGCUUCCGUUCCACUUUGUCGUGCCAGACGGCUUGCCCAUCGGCUCGUGCAACCAGCGCUGCGAGCACCCCUCUGUGCGCGAGCACCACCUGCGUCUGCCGCCCACCAUGCGGGCAUGGGGCGACCGCGACGAUGGCAGCCCGGACACGGCUCGGGUGCAGUACUGCAUUUCCGUGUCGGUGCUGCAAAGAACCGUGUUUAUGCCCGAGCCUGUAUCGGUGCUGCGCGGCCAUCGCGAAGUCAACAUCCUGCCUGCCUACGCGGAAGAUGCUCCCCUUGACGUUGAGCUUGGCGACAAAGGGGGAGAGUACAAGCUUGAAGCAUCCAAGGUCCUGCGAAGGACGCUCGUAUCACGGAAAGUGGGCACAGUGGCCGUGCAGGCGGCGCAGCCCGCUGCCAUUGUCCUCUCCUCUGACGCCCGCGAAGCGUCCCCGGCCCGCAUAGCGCUGAAUCUCCGAUUCGUCCCUGCUGAUCGCAUCUCCGGAGCCAUAUCUACUGGCAGUGAGGCAUCGAUGCCCGCAGUUCAUUCAAUCACAGCCAAGCUCGUCGCCAGAACCUACUACAACACCUCUCACAUGGGCGCCUUUCCUGACCGCAAUCGCGCCAGGCAUGAGCUCAACUUUGGCGCGUCUCUGUACUACUCCGACACUAGCCGUGCCACGAAUGUACCGUUUGCUUCUUCGGCCGACGGCUGGCAGCAGCAGAAAGAGAAGGACGAGGCACGGGCGUGGGAGACGACUCUGGACGCUGCUUUUCAGCUUCCCAUCGACCACAGGAAGAUAUUGCUGCCGACUUUCCACAGCUGCUUGCUGUCGCGGACAUAUACGCUGCGUCUUGUCCUCUGCAUCGGUCCGGGUCGCACCAGCGUUGCGCUUUCGUUGCCUCUGCAGAUUGUUGUGCAAGCCGACGUGUCUGCCGUUCCACAGCAUGUCCCGGACGGGGAUGUCUCUGAGUGCGGAGAGAUUGAUGUCGCACUGCCCACGUACAAGGACCAUCUCUUUGUCCAAAAGCGGUACGAGGAAGAGACUCACACCAGCAUACCUCUUGGGGGCGGCAUCCUCUUGUAA